AUGCCAUUCUGGACUGCAAUCACCUCUUCAUUGAAAUCAUUGUCGACCAGGGCGCCUGGCGUGGCAUCGGUGCCAAAACCGCUAGAGGAUGCCCGGUCAUUUCCCACGAGUGGAUUCAAGACCAUUGAAGACGAUCAGGCAAUUGAAGAGGAGGAGUUACCUGACUACCAAGCCCAUCGAUUCUACCCUGUUCGAUUGGGUGAGGUAUUCCAGAGCCGCUACCAAAUAGUUGCCAAGCUGGGUUUUGGCUCUUCAUCAACUUCGUGGCUAGCCCGAGACCUCAGAGAUCAUCAAUACGUCGCUCUGAAGGUAUAUGUUCAUACCUCUUCACAUCGAGGACGGGGGAAUAUUCGAAGAUUGCUAGAUUCUUUUGAAAUUACGGGUGAACAUGGCAAACAUCUUGUCCUUGUUUUUGAGGCUGCCCAAAUGAGUUUGCGUGAUAUGAAGCUGGUAUUCCGGCCGGAGGGGUUUGAUGAAGACUUUGUUAGGGGGGCUAUAACGGAGCUUCUUCAGGCUUUGGACUUUCUGCAUACCCAUGGGGAGGUUGUCCACACUGACGUGCACCCUGGCAACAUGCUUCUAGGUGCCUAUGAUAAUCAAAUGUUCGAAAAGCUUGAGGAAAUGGAAUUUGCAUCCCCAGUGCCACGCAAGCCAAUCACGCCUACACGCACUAUCUACCUCUCUCGUUUGAUGCGUCCCAAAGAAGGCCCUAUGCUAUUGUCCGAUUUUGGUGAGGCGAGGAUUGGUCCGGGACCCCACGGUGGCGAUAUCAUGCCUCUGGAGUACCGGGCCCCGGAAACAUUGCUCUAUAUAGGAUGGAGCUAUCCCGUCGAUAUCUGGAGUGUUGGCCUUACGGCUUGGGAUCUUCUAGAGCCGAGGAAGCUUUUUACAGCACGAGACGAUGAUGGGGACCUCUACGAUGCCGCUCAUCUGGCUCAGCUAAUUGCUGCGUUGGGUCCACCGCCUCCGGAAUUUCUAGCUAGGAAUCCAGAGAGAAAAGCCGACUUUUGGGACGAACAUGCCGCAGGAAAUUGGCUGGGUCUUGCACCCAUUCCGGAUGGCCGGACAAUGGAAGCACUAGAAUCUCGCCUGGAGAAUAACUCGGGCUUCCUUCGAUUUAUCAGAAGGGCUUUAACCUGGAUGCCUGAGCAAAGAGCAACGGCCAAGGAUCUUUUACAGGACCCUUGGCUGACGGGGAGGAAGCUUAAAGGAUUGUAUUGA